GACAGCAGUAGCAAGAUUGUCCAGGACCGGGAUGAUGCUAAGGAAGGUAGGGCCAGGAGUAUGCAGGCGGCCAACCCUGCUGUUUUGGUGCCUGUAUGUCUUCGUGGAGGAGCACACUGUGUAUGGCCACAACAGAACUGUGGAAACCAGGGAGAUGGAGAGGCCAUUUUGUGAACAAGGAUACUAUUGUCCAGUGGGAAGUCCCACACCAGUGCCAUGUCCGAAGGGUACAUUUGGGCCGACGGUUGGUGCUAGUUCCAUGGACAGCUGUCUCAGCUGCCCAACUAACCACUACUGUCCGCGACCUGCUCUGACCUCAGGCAUACCCUGUGGAGCCUGGGCACAGCAGCCCCUACCUGGCCAGGACAGAUGUGUGUGUCUUGGAGAAGGGCAAACCUUCCAGGCCAGUGAUGGGCAGUGCCCCUGUGCCCUAGGGUACCGCCUCAUGGGCCAAGGGGACACGUGUUUGCACAGUGUCUAUGAUAUUUGUAGAGAUGGGAGAGCGAGGACACAACACGGAACCUGUCUGGACAGGCAGCAGUGGGCACAGCACUGUACCCAGCAGGUGUGUCUCUCUCCAGGGGACUACCAGGGCUUUGAUGGAGCUCUGGGCCUGUGUCUGUGCAGGGAACCCCCAGAGAGAGCUGUGUGUGGUGGCUGGUGUAGGAGCAGGCCAAAGCUGGCACUGCAUUUAGUGUGUGCUGCCGUAGACUUGCAGCUGGUAUAUAGCAACUCUGAAGGCCAGGUGAGCGUCUCCGGGAGUGUGUUGCUGGAGACCGUGUUCAAACGCUGGGACUCCCAGGGGACCUUGCAGUGUGACGGUCGCCACAAUGUCUCCCUUCCUGUGUACACAGUGCAAACAAAUGAUGCAGGGUUCCUUGGUCUCCUCAAUGAUGUCCCAGCGGAGAUUCUGAAGUUAUUUCCAGAGAAAAGCAUGGGAAUGCACAUCUCUACAGGUGACUCUGGUGUCAGAGAGGAAGGAGGGGCUGGGUCUGAUUGGUCCAGCAGAGCAACCACCUGGGGAGGAACCAUGAACUCCAGCUCUGUGGGGAUUCUGAACCCUACUGCAUGUCUACACCUACGGGACACACUGCUCUUCACUGUCACCAGACAACAUUACCCUCAGUAUGAUGUAGAGAACCUGUACAAUACCAACCGUGACUUUGACUGGGGUCCUCUGAGACGGCUGGCUGAGGACCUGACACUGGCCAGGACACCACCGACACUCUUCUCACUGGUCUUCACUCAGCCUGGGGUGUACGCCUUCAAACUCAGCGAUCAUCAAUACAAACACAUGUAUGUGAGGGUAAUGCCAGCAGGUGGACAGUGCUAUGAGGCUGGACCGUUCUUCCCCACUGUCCCCCAUCAUGUGACAAGAAUGGGCAUCGCCAAGAGACGACACCUGCUUCUACGCCCUGACUGGUUGGUGACAGGAGGACUGCUGCUUGGCGCUAUGGUCAUCCUCAGCCUGUGUGUGACGCUGCUGAUCUUGUUUCGGGAGUAUGGCUGGCCAGAGAAAGUGGCCACCAGAGCCCAGUACCGGACACUCCAGCUCCAGUACCCCAUGGAAGACUACGCCUCAAAGGGUUCCAGGGUGACGACAUUAAAGAAGUACCACCGAAACCUCCAGGCCAGGAUGACGGAUGCCUCUAUACAGCCCGCCCUGCACUUGGAGGCAGAUGAGUUCUGGGACUAUGAGCAUCAGGUGGACCUGGAGGCUUUCAGCACUAACACCUUCUACAGCAUCCUACUAAAACACAGUGUGUCUGUCACCGCUAGACUGAGCCAGCUCAGAGGAGAGGUGAAGGACCUGUAUCAGGGGGUGAUGGACAAGCUGAAGGGGCUCCAGCUGCAGCCGGGCUGGUCUGCAGUUGGGAAGACCAGGGAGGGCUAUGAGAGGCUGCGGAGGCAGGUGGAGCAGGAGGUGAUCCGACGUAGGUCCCUGGCCCAGCAGCUCAGGCAUCUCUUGGACAGUCAGCUCGGGGUCCUGAGGACAGAGCUGAUGGCCCAGCAGACGGUGCACAGGACCUUCGGGGCCCAUCUCAGGGAGUGUGUGAGGCUACUGGGCCAAGCAGUGGACAACACUGACCACCCUCUCUGGGAUGAACACCCACAACAUGUUGUUCAGAGGGUGGCGUCACUGGCAUCCGAGAUGGCAGAGCAGGUGUCGGGGGAGUGCCAACGACAGGGGGCUUGGGCGACCCUGGGAGAAGGCACAGGGGCGAAACUUCUGUGUCCCGACACUGGCUCCGUCCUUAGCAAGGAGGACAUCAUAGCCCCUGACGGGUCAGUGCGUGCCUGUGGAGCGGCCCAAACAGACUCUGUCACAGGUCUCAUACUACCCAAACCCCACACCCACAUGCUCCUGGCCAGCGGGCACAGUAUGCCAGUGCCCCCUGACUUCUUCCUCCACCCUCAGACUGGCAGACUGCUGCCCGUAGCUGGCAACGUGGGCUAUGACCCAGCCAGCUCUAUCCUAGUCUUCACAACAGACUCAUGUACAGGGGAUAUGAGAAAGUGGGAGUUUCCCCUCCUGCCGUUUGUGCCAUACCCCCUCUCCCGCCAUUCAGCCCAGCCCGUGACCACCCAACUGAGAGGCCUCCGCCCUGGACAAAGACUGCUGCUAGGGAGACCCAUGUGUGACCCUGACACAGGCGUCCUGGUGCCCAUUUUAGCUGUGACCAUCCACCCUCAGACUGGGCUGGUGUACCCCCUGGGAGGUGUGCAUGUGUGCCCCCUCACCCGACUGCCCCAGCCCAUCCAGGUGGGCUCUCCCAUGUUGGACCCCAUGACAGGAAAUGUGGUGCUGAUUGCCGGAGUCAGUCUAGAUCCAAUAACAGGAGCGGUGCUUCCAGUAGGCGGCCUCCUCCUGGGUGAGUCCUUCAUCGAGCCCCUGAGCAGCAUGGUGGUCCGGGUGGGCGGCGGUAGCAUCCGGGCUGGGAAGCUGGUGCCUCAUGCCGGGGGGUUCCAGGCUCUACUGAACAGCCAGACUCUGGUUGCCCGUAUCCGCCUGGUGGAGCUUCUGCGUGGGCUCAGAGAGGACUGGGGCUCUGGGGAGAUGGGUUUGCUGGGUCUGCAGGCCCAGAGGAAGGAGACUGAGCUGGGACGGAUCCAGGCUGCAGCCAAGGAGUUGGAGCAGGCCUGGGGGAAAGGGCUACACUGUCACCUGCAGCUGCUGAGCCGGCUGGAGACCCUGCUGGACUGGGCCUGGGGCGUUGUCCAAGAUGGUGGCGUCCAAGGAGAAAUCCAUCUCCCUGGUGCUGAUCUGUCCCUGCCGGCACUGGCUGGGAUGGAGUAUCCUGAUCCACAGGGCUCUGGCCUAACGGUCCCCAUCCUGGGGGCUCAAAUGGACCCUGUGUCAGGACUCGCUGUCCCCCUGGCUGGAACCAUGGAGGACCCAGAUGGCAAAGGACUAGUUGCGAUUCGUUUUGGAGCCCUGACAGUGGACCCUGUAACAGGGGUGCUGGCUCCUGUUGUGGGGGUUCGCCUGGAUGUGUCCAGACAGACUGUUGUGCCUGUUACUGCUUCAUACUGCCUGGCUCUGGGAGAUAAUACUGACAGUGUGCUGGUGGAGGCCCUGCGGAAGGAGUGGUGUCUGAGGAACAGGUACUGGAAAGAGGAGAAACAGAAGGAGGAGGAGCUGCUAGGGGAUCUGGAUGCAGCUCUGCAGCACUGUGUCCUUGUGGCCACUCAGGAAGACUCUGAGCAGGCCCACUGGGUGGACAACGAGAGGCAGCUGAGGGAGGCUGCAGCGGAGCUUCAUGAGGCUGGCCAGUCAGAAGCCCAGAGGAGAGCAUCCCAGCUCUCAGACCUGUCUCUGCUCCUGCCUCCUCACGUUCUGCUCAUCCUCACUCAAGGUGAUGAUAAGGAGUGGGAGCAGCAGUGCUGCUGGCAGACAGAGCUGGUGGCUGGGCUGGACAGGGUGAACGUGUGUGUGGAGAAACUGCAGCAAGACCAGGAAAGAUGGACAGCACAAAGAGGAGAGCAGACGCCAUCAAUCCAUGUCAUGGAUGGGAAACUGAGACAGAGAGAAAUAUGGGAGCAGCUAAACUCCAGGCAGGCAGAACUAGAUGCUGCUCUUAUAGCGCUGCGUUGUGUCCGAGAACUCUGCCAACUCCGUGCAGAUACAGCGCAGUCUGUGUUAUCAGGUUCCUUCUGGUACAAGGAGUUUGGGCUGGCCAGGCUGAGGGUCCCCAGUAACCCUCUGAAGGUGGUGUCGUUGACCCAGCAGAAAGCUGUGCCUCUCCUGGAGCGACUCAUUCAGCUUCUGGAGGAGAACAAAGAGCCAAGUCUCUCCCCGAGCACCUACCGCCAGCGCAUCUCUGGUUUGUCAACAAAACAGACGUUUGGAUUGGAGACAUGUUCUCGUGCAUGGACAGAGUCCGUGCCUGUGGUUAAAGUGAGAGAUAUCUAUGAAGGAAUCUCCACCCAGUCUCUGAGAGACCCAAUGAAGGCUCAGCCUCAGGACCAGGAUUCGAAGGGCCCCAGUGUCCCCCAGCCCAGUCCUACUCACUCACAGACAGCUCACAGAAAAGCUGCCAUCUCUGACAUACACUCACAAGAGGGCGAGCCUAUGAAUGAAUCUGUUCAGCAGUCACAUGUCUGUGUCCCCACACUGUCAGAGGGGGAGUGGGAUAAACUUCUGGAGCUCUCCCCACUCUUCCAGCUUCUAAAGCGUGUGGAAAGGAAGCUGAGGGGCCCAGCGCAAGAUGCAGGACUUCUGAGGGGGGAGCUCGACGGCAGAGCGAGCUCUUUUAUUGACUAUCUGGAUGCACAGUGGGAGUGUGAAGGAGAGCUGCUCCUUCUUGACCCAGGUCGUCUUAAUCCCAGAGAGUUCCUGGUCUACCACCAUGGACUAUUCCUACUGCAAACACUACACACUCUCGAACUGACUCCAGCAGUGUCACUCCAGAUAGCAACUAGUCUUCCAUCCAAUAACUACAAAUACAACGCCUUCCGGAAUUCCUUCUUUUAUCAGGAGGCUGAGAAGACAGUGUUUGUGCGUCGCCAGAGACUGCAGUCAGUGGGAGGAUUCUCUCUGCUCCUCUUGCACUGUCUGUCACAUGUCGCUGUUGGGGACAUGAGCGUCGACUCCAGUCCUACCUUCCAACGGGCUUUCUUCAAGCUGCUGCAAGCAUGUCUGGGUGAGCUAUUCGAGGCCCGACUAGAGAGUUCCUCAAUGGGUAUGGAAUGUGCUGCUCCACAGAGCUCCAUGCCAUGGGACUCCCACCCCACCUCCCUGCUGGAGGGGCUUGAGAGGCCCAGUCGGGGGCUCCUUUCACAGGAACAGGAGGUGGAGGGACUCCUGCAGAAGCACAGGGAGGAUUUGGUGUUCCUCCACGUUGAAAGGCUGUUGAGAAAGAAGAGCUUGAUGCUCCGAACCAUGGAAGUGCGUCACAAAGCCCAGGAGGAAAAUACUGAUCAAGCGCAGUGAUUGUCAACCAGGGGGGCAUAUGACAUGAUUUAGGGGUCCCUGGAUUUUGGGAAAGCAUUUUAGUAAGCGUCGGAACGGAAAAUGUUGAGAGCCCCUCACAUACAGUACUUUUUUACAAUUCAUGAUGGCUGAUCUGCUUGGGAAAUACACAGUUGUGUAUGGACUGGCAACUGAUGAAAGACCAAAACGUUCUCCUUGGGAGUGUGACGGAGAGGUUCUUCAUGCACACACACACACACACACACACACACCUAUCCUUUUACAAUCUGUAUACAACCUGACCAUGACGUCACAAAAUACCUCAGACUGACAUCACUGCAACCAGGUUUGCCCACUGGGACUAGAAUGCUGGGACGGUGGCGCAGGAGGUGUCCCUCAUACCUAUGUGUGUUGAGAUUAUUUUUAGGAUCAUCAGUUGCUGUUGUCAGUUACAGGCACAAUCUGUGAUGUUUCCUGCUGUUCAAUGGUCAUGUCAAUGAAUACCCAUUGGUUCUUGAUGAAUAUAACUUUAGAAAUGCCUUAUGGAUUUAGUGCAACUGCAUUACUCUAUCAUAAUCCAAAAUAUAGGUUGCAAAUGCUCCAUGUUUUAGCUUUUUUUUGUCAUCUUACUUUUUGUUAACAAUAAUUGUAUAAUUUAAAGAAAUGUGUAUGUUUAAAACUAUCAUAUCAAUCUUUUUGAUAACCCUUGUAUCCAUAGCUGAGUGUAUGAAUUUGACAGUGGUUGCAUUUCUUCAGUUCCACCUCCCUGCUUAAAUGGUGGCUGCUGCUGUUGGGCUGAAACAUUGUGGUGUUAAAAUCUAGAUUGUAGUAGAGGUUUUGAGUUUUAGAACAUUGGUAUACACAGUAUUGACACAGGACACUGUAGGAGGACAGAUAAGUCUUAAAACCUUUUCAAAAAUCCAAGACUGAUUUAUACACUUUAUGCAAUGAUCAGUCUGUACUUUUGAUGUAAACUGUUAUUCCUGUAUUGCUUGUAUCAACAUUUCUAUGUCUCAAAUGUGCGUGGAAAUAAAUAAACAAAGAC